CUCCAAAACAACCGGAGCAACAGCCUGUUGAAAUGUUCCCGUACGGAGCUCGUCGUCGUCUGUUAUAUUUCCAAGAGUAUUCACUGAACGAGUCGGUUAUAUAUGAAUACAAAUGUGCCAAUAGCUCGCAGUUUUUUUCAUUUUACAUGGAGCUCCUCCAUAAAUAUUAUACCCCUUUAAUUAUGGUUAUCGGGUUUUUGGGAAACUUUACGUCGUGUUUAGUGCUGAUUUCGACUCACUUAAAACUAAGAAGUUCUAGUUAUUAUUUAGCCGCCUUGUCGUUUGCUGAUUCCGGGUAUUUGGUUUGCGCUUUCUUGGUAUAUUGCAGCUCGAAGGACAUAUUUAAUCUGUACGAUAAACAAGGAUUUUGCCAAAUUUGUAUAUACUUAACGUAUGUAUUUUCCUUCUUAAGUGUCUGGUUAAUAGUUGCUUUUACGAUAGAACGUUUUAUAGCUGUGCAAUACCCUUUAAGAAGAUCAUACAUCUGCACUAUUAAGAGAGCUAAAACUAUUGUAGGAGUGUUAAGUUUACUGGCUUUUAUUGUCUAUGUUUUUGCAUUCUUCAUUACCGAUGUAAUUGACGAUGAAUGUCAAUUAAAGCCCGAAUACAAAGAUUUGGUUGAAGUGAUAAAUUAUGUGGAUACUGUAAUGACACUAAUAUUACCAGUGGUAUUAAUUGUGGGGAUGAACACCAUGAUCGCGAUAAGUUUAUUCAAGUUUAGAAAAACGAUGCAAAUUCGAUUGACUGAUGAUGGAAGCUCAAAAGAUAUUGAUAUGUACCAUACAAGUACUUCACAGAGUAAUUCGUCUACCAAGAAAUCGAAAGAUCAAGAAAACUAUCAAGAAAUACAAACUUGUACAGUCGAAAAACUUCAAGUUUCGAAAAGUUUCAAGAGGACACAAAAAUACUCUCAUAUUCAUGUGAAAAAAAGUACUUCACACGACGCAGCCUCUUACACACAGCAUGGCAUAAAUAGAAUGCUCCUAGUUAUAUCAUCUGUCUUCAUUAUUUUAAAUUUUCCAAGCUACCUUAUUCGACUCUGUUAUUAUUUUGAUUCGAUAAUGGAAAUGGAACUACUUCAGCACUACUUCGAUUGUGUUCAGCAAUUCGCCAUGUUGUUGUACUGUACGAACUUCAGCAUAAACUUUUUACUUUAUACGAUGUGCGGGAAAGCUUUUCGAAUUUGUUUACGAACAUUCUUUUAUAAUAUAUUUCAUAAAGUGGCAUGUUUUGAGGGAGGAAGUGUGUCGAAUACAAAUUGUUAGUUGGUAAAAAUGUAUUUGAAUUUUUGUGUUAGUGA